GGUGCCAGAGUCUGGGACUCGCGGCGGGGCCAUUGGCAGCUCCAAGCUUCCCCAAGGCCUAACAGCUCGACGCCCCUGUUGCUCACAUGCUCUGAGCACGCUGGCCGUCUACGAGUACUCCUGAACUGACCGUCACCCUUCGAGUACCCCGAGGCCCGUUGUCGACCGUGUCCCCCCUCCCCAAACACCCUGCGCCAACUCUGGUGUGGGACCGGUGAAGCGUGAAGUGGUAGUCCAACAUGUCGAGAGUAGCAGCUCUGCUUCUGCAGUUGACGCUAUGGGCUGCUACCGCGCGAGCCUUCUUCCCCUUCGUCCCCGUAGGUCACUGCGCUCCAGAUGACGACUGCGCACAUCUAGGACUGGGCGCAAGGAGGAACGAUGACAGCCAAGGCCCGCCGUCCGGCGGCGUGACCGUCGAGCUUUACCAUAGGCCCACAGGUCCCCAUGAUGCGCCCAAGUUCGACCCAAUAGCGGAAGCCCUAGGCAGGGUAACUCGCAAAUUUGGGAGACCGUCCCUGUUUCCCGUACCUAGGUCCAACGAAAAGAGGAAGAACAACUACUCGGUGUCGAAGCCGGCCGAUCCGAAGACGCCCAACAGCGCGGGCAUAUAUCAGUACGGCCCAGACUACUCGUACUUUAUCAAGGUCCUCGUGGGCUCCGCCCAGCAACCAAUUUUCAUGCUGCUCGACACGGGUGCUGCAAACACGUGGCUCAUGGGCUCCGACUGCACGUCGGCUGCUUGCCAGCUACACGACACCUUCGAUCCCAGCACCUCCAAGACAUGGAAGGGAGGAAAGAACGGAUUCGAGAUUUUUUACGGGACGGGAGACGUCAGGGGCACCGUGGGCCAGGACACAUUCGUCUUUGCGGGAAUCACGCAUGAUCUCAGCUUUGGCCUGGCGAAUCACACUUCGGAUGAUUUCAAGCACUUCGCCUUCGACGGCAUUCUCGGUCUCGGCAUGAGCAAGUCCGUGACGGGGACCUUCCUGCAGACGCUGAGGGAGCAAAAGGUGCUGGACUCGCUCGUCGUCAGCAUGUCGCUGAACCGAGACUCGGAUGGGUCGAACGACGGCCAGGUCACCUUUGGCGGGAUCGAUGAGAGCCAGUUCACGGGCGAGCUCACGUACCACAGCAUCCCCCCCGAGCACGAGAAGAAGGGCGAAUGGGCCAUCACCAUGGACGGCGCGAGCCUCAACGGCAAACCGGCCGGCAUCGCGAACAAACUGGCCUACAUCGACACGGGCACGUCCUUCAUCUUUGCUCCUUCGGCCGACCUGGACGCGCUCUUCAAGGCCAUCCCGGGGGUCACCACGUCCCAGGACGGGCCCUACACCGAGUACUGGGUCCCCUGCGACACGACAGUGCCGGUCACCCUGACCUUCUCGGGCGUGGACUACAACGUCUCGGCCCGGGACUGGGUCGUGCCGGGAGGCGGCGAGGACGGCAAGUGCCUCAGCAACCUCUACGGCUUCGAGAUCAGCGCGGGCACCUGGCUGGUCGGCGACACCUUCCUCAAGAACGUCUACAGCGUCUUCGACGCCGACGAGAUGCGCAUCGGGUUCGCCGCCAAACCCGCCCCGCCGCCCAGGCCGACCUCGUCGUCCACCUCGGCCUCCGCCAGCGCGUCCGUUACGCUCUCGCCGGGGGCCGCCGAGACAACAAGCCCGGCGGCCGGAGAAGACGGCGAGUCGGCGCUCCCCUUCAUGCCCGGUUCGUCCAGCGGCCGGGAGGGCUCGCCGGAGAGCUCCCAGACGACGGGGUCGUCGGUCCCCGCGUCGUCGUCCAAGGCUACUCAAGUCAACUCGGGAAGCCGGCCGUCGAGCGGGUUUUACCUGCCUGCGCUGUGCCUUGCUGCCUUGCUUGCCGUGGCCGGGUGAGCUUUUUGUGUGUGUGUGUGUGUGUGUGUGUGUGUCGGGGCGGUCAUCCACUACAUCUCAGUCGGGAAGUCGGUGUGGUGUUUUUUUUUUUUGGGGGGGGGGGGGGGGGGAAGGAUUGGCUACCUGGCCUAUCCUCCUCCGUUCUAUUUCAGACCGAUUGAAAGAGGGACUAAAUGAGUUGAAAUUGUUUUAAAAAGCAAUGUGGAGAGCCUAGCAUGAGACUAACCAUGCCUUUGGCGAGCCACCAGGAGCUUUUCUUGUUUUGGUUAUAUUAUACUACGCAUGUGGUAUAGUCUCUGUAUUCUGCUCUGCGCCUGGUGAGGAAGAGAGUGAGCGGCCGGGUCGGCUACAUUGAAACCCAGGAGAAAGACGUGGACAGAUGCAGAGUCAGAGGGGGGAAGGUUUUGACGGUGUGAGAGGAGAGCGCAGAGACUUCGAAUACGGAAAGUCGCUCGCUCGAGGUUCAAAAGACUUGGGGAUUUAUUAUUUGUAGUUUGAGUUAUAAUGCGAUUCUACGGAAUACCAAAAUUCAAGGUUUCUCUUCGC